CCACUCCCGAGCUAGCUCCACCCUUUGCGCCUUCUCUCCUACCUCACACUUUUCUUGCAGAGCCCCCAUCCCAGCGGCCUUUGCGUGAACAAAAUGGCAGCCCCCGUGCCUCGGAGGUUGGCUUCCUUAUCCAAAGCUUUGGGAUGGUGGUCUCGGCAGUCACUCUUGAUAACUCAGUCUACAGCUGUAGUUCCAGUAAGAACUAAAAAACGUUUCACACCUCCUGCUUAUGAACCCAAAUACAAAACAGAAAAGGAGUUUAUAGAAUAUGCCCGGAAAGCAGGAUUGGUUAUUCCCCCAGAACGUUUGGAUCGGCCCAUACAUAGAACUGAGCGAUUGAAGAAAAAUGCAGCAUCACAAUUGUCAAUCCGGAAGAUAAAAGAAUUUGAUGCUAAUUUUAAAACAAAGGACUUCCCUGAAAAAGCUAAGGAUAUUUUCAUAGAAGCUCACCUUUGUCUAAACAACUCAGACCAUGACCGGCUUCAUACUUUGGUAACUGAACACUGUUUUCCGAAUAUGGUCUGGGACAUCAAGUAUAAGACUGUCCGCUGGAGCUUCGUGGAAUCUUUAGAGCCAGCCCAGGUGGUGCAGGUUCGCUGCUCGAGUAUGGUGAACCAGAGCAACAUGUAUGGCCAGGUUACUGUCCGCAUGCACACACGGCAGACUCUAGCCAUCUAUGAUCGGUUUGGGCGGUUGAUGUAUGGACAAGAAGAUGUACCCAAGGAUGUUUUAGAGUAUAUUGUGUUUGAAAAACACCUGCUGAACCCCUAUGGGAGCUGGAGAAUGCACGGCAAGAUUGUUCCCCCAUGGGCACCCCCUAAGCAGCCCAUUCUUAAGACGGUGAUGAUUCCUGGCCCCCAGCUGGAACCUUGGGGAAAAUGUGAAGAGGCACAAAGAGAGAACCAUAAGUCUCAGCUAGCCUGACGACAAAAAUGACUCUUGGGGUAAAGCACUGGUGAUGAUGAUUCUGGACGUUGUGAAGUCAUCCAUCUCUUUUACACCACCGCUGUUUCCUCCUGCCUUGCUUGGAUCUUUUGAGCAGAUUCAUCCUUACAACCAUGUCUGAUGGCUGGGCCCAGGUCGUUGGCUAGUAUGCACAGCCAUGGACCCUUUUUAUUUUUAAAAUCAUAUGUCUAGCUUCUGAGUCUAGAUGAAAGACAAUAUGUUUCACUGAACAAACAUCUGAUACAUUUUUUCACAGCAGAGACUGUGGGAGCUAAUAGGCAACAUUCUUUUGUAAUCACUGGGCAGAGAUCAGAGUUUGAAAUAAAAUACUAUCAGAGUGUUGGACAAA